UCCUACUAUGGAGGAUAAACUAAUUUGAUUAUCUAUCAACUUUUUUUCUUAAAUGGAUUUUUAUUUUUGACAUCAUAUGCACUUUUUGUUGUUAUUGAAAGCUGAUAUCAUCAUAUGCUUUAAAAUAUUCAUUUAUUUCCCAAAAUACACAAUAAAUCUGCAACUGCAACCGUAUUAAAAUCAUUAAGGACCCACAACCUUAACCUUGUUUAUGAUUUUUCUUAGUUUGAUAAAAAUUUAUUUCUCUAUGGUUGCUGAAAGGGACCCUCUUCCUCAGGCUUUCCAGGUGUCUUUGUUGAGAAGGGAAACACAGCCAUGAAUGAAGGGAAAGCCCUUCACUAGUUAUUACCAUUGAAAUUCACAAAAGAAUCAAUUUUUAUUGAUCUCGAUCUGUUUCUCAUAACCAUGCAUACAGGUCAAAUGGAUCUAACUUCAGCGAAAUGUGUCCUCAACAGUAUUUCUCGGUUAAUUCAUCUAGUUUCUUGCCAAGCAGUUAAGCCUGUGCCCCUUCAGAAGAACUGUAAUAAUAUGGUUGCCGCGUUGAGGUGUUUAAAACCAGUCCUUGACGAUGUUGUGGAUUACAAAAUCCCUUUAGAUGAAAAUCCGUAUAGAGAAUGUGAUGAAUUGGAUAUACAGGUUAAUGAAGCUAGGGAGUUCGUUGAGAAAUGGAGCCCAAAGACGAGCAGGAUCCAUAGUGUUCUUCAAAGUGGGGAAUUGUUAAUAAAGUUACAGAGCACUUCAGUUAGGAUAUGUCACAUGAUUUAUAGAUCCUCAAAGUCAACUUCAUCUGCCUCGGUUUUGGAUAAUCUUCAGCACCAUAUACAGGAACUUCAGUCUCUGGAGAAAGAAUCAGCUACGCUCUAUAUAGAAGAAGCACUGAGAAAUCAAAAGGAUAAUAGUAAACCUUGCUAUGAAAGUCUAGGGGAAAUUAUAGAGCUACUUAAAUUGACAUCAAACCAGGAGCUUCUGAAAGAAAGUAUUGCUGUGGAAAAGGAAAGGUUGAAUGCGGAAGUCAACAAAACAAAAGGGGAGUUGGAUAAAAUUAACCAAAUUGUGAAUCUUUUGUGCAGUUUACGUGAUUAUCUGAUGAAAGCUAAAUGCCCUGAAGUCAAAAGUGGUGUCUCAGUCCCACCAUACUUUCGAUGCCCUUUAUCGCUCGAACUCAUGUUGGAUCCUGUUAUUGUGGCUUCAGGUCAAACAUACGAGAGGCAGUCCAUCCAAAUGUGGCUUGAUCAUGGGCUGAAUGUUUGUCCCAAGACUCACCAGAGACUAACUCAUGCAAAUCUUAUUCCCAAUUAUACUGUUAAAGCUAUGAUUGCAAAUUGGUGUGAAGAAAAUAACGUCGAUCUUCCUAGUAACUCAAACCAGAGUAAUUCUACCCAGAGUUCACCCCCCUCAGAUUAUCUAUUGCAUCAAGAUUUAGAUCGUGUCUGUAGUUUUGGGUCUUCACAUAGUAGCAAUUCCAAUUCAAAAUCAUCUCUUCAAACUGCAAAUUCAUUUGAGAAGCAAAACGGUGACAACUCUUCCAGAUUAAGUGGUGAAUCCAAUAGAUGUCAGAGUGGUGACACGGAAAAGUUUGAGCAGCAAUCUCUUGCUCCUUCGUGUAGUCACAGCAGAAGUGAAUCAUUUUCAAGUUCUAUUUCUAGUACAGAUUAUGUACCUUCUGUUUCAAAAAAGGUGCCAGGGAUACCACAUAAGCAUCAACAUGCGCUGUUAUCUGGAGAAAUUACUAAUAAUGUUUUUCCUGCUUCUCCUGCAUAUAAAGAAUAUGGGAAUUUUCCAACUGUAUCACGAGAGCAAUUUGAAAGUCCUGGAUUAAAAAAUGCAAAAAUGGAGAACGAAAAUAAGUACAAUAACAAUAAUAAUAUUGUUAUUACUAGCCAAUCAAAUGAUGCCAGCCCUGUUUUCAACUCGGAGCAUGAUAAAUUGACCACCGCAUCUCAUGUCAGUAAGUUGAUCGAAGAUCUACAGAGUCAAUCAAAUGAAACAAAAUCUGCUGCUGCUGAAGAAUUGCGUCUCCUUACCAAGCAUAACAUGGAAAACCGUAUCAUUGUAGGGCAAUGUGGGACUAUCACGCAUUUACUUCCACUGCUAUCUUCAAACACGAAGAUAACGCAAGAGCAUGCUGUGACAGCUAUACUAAACUUGUCGAUAAACGAAGACAACAAGACUUUGAUUAUGGAAGCAGGAGCUAUAGAACCACUUAUCCAUGUUUUGAAGUCAGGAAAUAACGGUGCCAAGGAAAAUUCUGCUGCUACUCUAUUCAGCCUCUCAGUACCAGAAAACAAUAAGGCAAACAUUGGUCGUUCUGGUGCUGUUAAAGCUUUGGUGGAACUUCUAGCUUCUGGAACUCUUAGGGGGAAGAAAGAUGCUGCAACUGCUUUAUUUAACCUAUCAAUAUUUCAUGAGAAUAAAGCUCGGAUAGUUCAAGCUGGAGCGGUGAAGUUUCUGGUUAUGCUAUUGGACCCUGCAGAUGGAAUGGUUGACAAGGCUGUUGCUCUUUUGGCAAACCUAUCGACAAUCCCAGAGGGUCGGGUAGAAAUUGUACGGGAAAGGGGAAUCCCCUUUUUGGUUGAACUUGUGGAAUCAGGUUCUCAGAGGGGAAAGGAAAAUGCUGCGUCCAUUCUCUUGCAACUAAGCCUUCACAGCCGUAAGUUUUGUACCUUGAUUCUUCAGGAAGGAGCUGUACCUCCUGUAGUUGCAUUGUCUCAGUUUGGUACACCAAGAGCAAAGGAAAAGGCACAACAGCUUCUCAGUCAUUUUCGUAGUCAGCGUGAAGGAGCUUCCGGAAGGGGAAAAUCAUGAAGAUAAACAAUUUUGGUUAUUUUGUUUCUUGUUCUUCUAUUCAGGACCAUUAGAUUACUUUCAUCACUAUUUUUUUUUUUUUUAAUUCAUUUUAGUUCUAUAAUUUAUGUUAUUGUGUCAAACGUUUCAUUUUUAUUUUGUUGGCUUUGAUGGCUUUGUUUCUUUCUGCGGGGAGAGGUCUGUUAUUAAGAGAGCAAGUGAGCUAUUGUUGAAGUUUUAGCUAGGCAACAUGAUGUAAAACUCUAUUUUGUUAAGAGACAAGAGUCAUAACUGAUGUGGUCCCUUGUCACUUUUGUACAUAGUUGUAAAUAUGGUAUAAGAUCUUGUGGUCUACCAUUAAUUUUUGUACCUAA